AUGUUGUGGGAUCAUGUUCCCUGCGGCCGGGCACGCGUCUCGGUUGCGGUGCCCGGGCAGCAGCGCCCGCCUCAGUUGGUGGCGGCUGUUUUGGGCCCUCGGAAGUUUGGUGACUUUGACCAGUCGUACGGUGUGGUUCGUGGGACGCCUGUUGCGGCGGUGGCACUUGAGGCGUUCGAUGGGGAGAGCGGCCACGUGGCUGCCUUUGCGCACGAUGGCGCGCCCUAUUGGUUGGUAGGCACCGAUGAGGUGCACAUGUUGGUGCGCUUUGCUGUGCCGGAGGAGGAUCUCGCCCUCUGGGGUGGCGGUGCGGGCGUCUCAUGGCGCGCCGCGGUGCCAGAGCGCGUGGUGUGCGUCUGGCGGGACACGUUGCGUGCGCUGCCAGUGGGGGGCGGCCGCCGCCCUACACGACUGCUUGAGCACCCCGGGGUACACCGCAUGCUUUGCGGCCAUUCUGCGGGAGUCUGGGCACCUCGUCGAUCACGGGCCCUGCGAGACACUAGGGUUCCAUGCGCUUACUCACCGCGAGGCGGCCUCCGCGUCGACCCCGCGAGCAGCAUGAAGGCGCUGCAGUCCUUAGGCCUUAACGCUGUGACGCCCCAAUCGGCGGUGGAGCUGGCGUCAGGCGAAUACGCGGUCUUGCAAGACGAGGUUGCGCGCCAUCUCAGCUGCAAGGGCGCAGUGAUGUACGGCUGCCGUGGGGCGGGGGUUUGUGGUGCGGACGUGGAGACCUCGGUCACACGCAUUCGCAAUGGAGCGGGCGGCGCAAGAGACCAUCGCGAGGCACUGUCUAAGCGGCGCGGCACUCCGCUCGAGGGUUGCGAAGAGGCUCGCUGGGCUGCCGAAGGAGGUGCGUCAGUGCCUUGGCGACUGGGAGACGACACAUCGCGGCUUCCUCGUGCAGUUUGCGGUGUGGCCGCGUGUGACAUGGCGGCAAGCGGCACGGACGGGGAUCUCGGCGGGCUGCAGGAUAUGCGCCGCCGUCGAUGCGCACCAGCGAUCCCUGGUGGCUCACUAUGA